AUGGAACUGCAGUGGCUGGGUCUCUAUCCCGGACCAUCUCCCUCAGGGGUCUCUCUAUCCCGGACCAUCUCCCUCAGGGGUCUCUAUCCCGGACCAUCUCCCUCAGGGAUCUUUGUCCCGGUCCGUGUCCCUCAGGGGUCUCUCUAUCCCGGACCAUCUCCCUCAGGGAUCUAUCUCUAUCCCGGACCAUCUCCCUCAGGGAUCAAUGUCCCGACCCUGCACCGACCCCCGCCCGUUCCCGCCGCCCGCCAGGGGCCGCUGCCGGCCGCCGCCCGCCGAGCGCCCGCCAAGAUGGCGGCGUUGUGUGGGCGGCGGGGGCCGCGGGCGGGGGCCCGGGCGGGCGGCGGGGCCGCGGCAGGCCGGGCCUGGCCUGGCCCCGGGCGGGGUUCGGGCCGGGGCGGGGUCGGUGCGGUCCUGGCGCUGGCGGUGCUCGGUGGGCUGCAGGUGGCCCGCGGCGCCGGGAGCCCCCCCGGCGACCCCGCGCUCCAGCCCUACUCCCCGGGCCGGCACGGCCCCCGGCACGGCCACCGGCACGUCCGGGACUGCCAGCCCCGCAGGUACGGCAAUGUCACACACGAGGCGUGGCCCGGCGACAACAGCACGGCCGGCCCGGUGGCCGCCACCAGGACGUUCGUCUCGUACUUCCCCCCCGAGGGCAGCGGCCGCAAGGCGCUCUACGGGCACUUCACGUUCGUGAGGAACCCCCUGCGGACCCUCUCGGUGCUGGAGCCGGGCGGCGCCGGCGGCUGCCGGGAGCAGCGCAGAGCCACCGUGCAGGAGACAGCCCAGCUCGGGAACUGUCUGGUGGCCCAGAACGGCGGGUACUUCAACAUGGAAACCGGAGAGUGCCUGGGGAACGUUGUGAGCGAUGGGGAGCUGGUGAGGAACUCUGGAGGGCUACAGAACGCUCAGUUUGGCAUCCGGAAGGAUGGCACCAUGGUGUUCGGUUACCUGUCUGAGGAGGAUGUCUUGGAUCAAACAAACCCUUUUGUGCAGCUUGUGAGUGGGGUGGUUUGGCUCCUCAGAGAUGGAGAAGUUUACAUCAAUGAGAGCCGGGACGCCGAGUGUGGGGACACUCAGACCACAGGCACCUUCGACAAGUUCAUCAACGUGAUCUCAGCCAGGACUGCGGUGGGACACGACCGCCAGGGCCGGCUGGUCCUGGUCCAUGUGGAUGGACAGACAGAAUCCAGGGGGGUCAACUUGUGGGAAAUGGCAGAAUUCCUGAAGCAGCAGGGAGUCAUCAAUGCCAUCAACCUGGAUGGUGGAGGCUCUGCCACGCUGGUCUUGAACGGGACCCUCGCCAACUACCCCUCUGAGCACUGCUCCUCUGACAGCACGUGGCGCUGCCCCCGGCGCGUCUCCACCGUGGUGUGUGUGCACCAGCCGGGCUGUGCCCCCCCCGACUGCAGCGGGCACGGGCUGUGCCAGGCCGGGCACUGCCGCUGCUCCGGGCCCUUCUGGACGGGCCCUGCCUGCGACAGCCUGGACUGCGGCCCUGCCAACUGCAGCCUGCACGGCCUCUGCACCCCCUCUGGAUGCCUGUGUGACGCCGGCUGGACUGGCAGCAACUGCACAGAAGCCUGUGCUCCUGGUUUCUAUGGGGAAUCUUGCAGCCAGAAGUGCCAGUGCCAGCACGGUGGCUCCUGUGACCCUGUGCACGGAGCCUGUUCCUGCCCCCCUGGGUUCUAUGGCACCAGCUGUGAGCAUGAGUGUCCCCUGGGCUGGUUUGGGCCCAACUGCCAGAGCCAGUGUGUGUGUGAGCACUCGUGUCCCUGCGACCCUCGGACCGGCAGCUGCAACACCACCCACGACAGGGCACUGCAGGAGGAGCUGCUCAGAGCUGGACAGUGUGUGGCUUCCCAGAAUAAGGAAAGGAGCAAAGAAAGAUUCUCUCUGUCAGAGAGCACGUGGCUGUCCCUGAGCUGUGGCCUGGCCCUGCUGCUGGCACUCAGCGCCCUGGGGAACGUGGGGCUGGUGCUGAGGGCGCGGUGGGAGCGGCAGCGCGGGGACUAUCGGUACCACCCCCUGAGGGACAUCAACGGGGAGGCCACACCCCCCCCCAGUGCUGCUGCCUGGGAGCCAGAGGACACUCGGGAGCCAGAGGACACUCAGGACUCACUUUAGAGUCCCAGAUGGGAAGAGAGGAGGUGCUUCACUGUGCCCCCUGCACAGCCCCUCAGCACUGACAGGGGCACUGUGCCUGACCCAGCUCAGCCACCGCUCCCU